AACCUGCUGAGUUACGUAACAUUAGAAACAUCUCUGAGGAAAAGGACACUGGUGAUCCGAAAACACAGUACAUGGAUACCAAAUGUUGAAAUUGCUCAGUUUAAAUGGACAGACCGUUCUAAUGUUUACGGUUUUGGACCUUCACUGCUCCAUCUGAAAAGAGAUAUCAAUAAUCCAUAAACACUAUGGUGACUAACCAUAGGUUUGACAUUUUCUCAAGACCUUUCAAUACAUCAGAAGUGAUGCUGGACCUCUCCAGUGGUACAUAAAAACAGAUUUGAGCCCAAACUGUUACUGACCCAACCGACCCCUGCACGUGGGUGGAGAAAGACUAAAUCUUUCCGAUGUCAGAUGAAAAUAUCGUGCCAAAGCUUUCACUGACAGGUGAAUUUCUCUGCCUUUGAAGCUCAGUUAAGCGUGAAGCCAGAGACGCUGUAUUGAGCUGAACAUGUUCCAGGUGCCGACACUCAUAUGUGAGCGAGUCAAAACGAGACGGACCGUCUGCUGCUGCAACAAACAGCAUCAUUUAAAAGAUCCAAUGUGUCAUUUUUUGGAGGACCUAUUGUCAGAAAUGCUAAAUAAAAUACAUAGAUGUUUACAAAGACCUUAGAUAAUAAGGCGUUAUUUUAAUAUUACCUUAGAAUGAGCUAUUUCUAUCUACAUACAAUGCGGGUCCCCUUGCAUGGAAUUCGUCAUGUUGUUUCUACAGUAGCCCUAAACGGACAAACUGCUUUACAGAGAACCUUUCCUAAAUACGUUAUCUCCUUCAGCAAAGAAGCAAAAACAUGACAACAUCUUAGUCCUGUGUCAGCCUCCGUAGUGCUUCGAAAGGGAGGGGUGAGCCGUUGGUUGCAUUUCGAAACCUCACCACUAGAUGCCGCUAAAUGUUUAAACCUGUAUAUGUAUAAAUCAUGUAUGGUUGUAGGAACAUUAGACUUUAUUGGGAUGGACAUGUUUUUGUAAUCCUGAAUUGUAGUACCAAAGCUAAUAUUGUUGGAAGUACUGACGUUUUAUGCAUAAGAGUUAGGAGUGAAAUUAUGUUAUUGAUGAUACCCUUUUUUUUAGCUUGUACAUGAGAUCAGGUGACAGUCUCACGGUGCCAAAUUAUGAACUGUCUGCAAACCCUUGUCCCCUUUGUAUGUCCCCUUUUAAUGCCCCAGAAAGAGACGGAAAGAGGCCAUGUGGCCAACUGGUAAAACAACCACGCUUGUUUAAUUGAAACUGAAAUCAGAAACGGAUAAAUAAGUGGGUCAACUUAUUAUUACAGACAAAGUAAAUGUGUUUCUCUAUAGAGCCUCUCUUUUACCAAAUGUAUUUGUCAAGUUUGUGAUGAAGCUAACAUCAGUCUGUGAGCUGAAGCUGGAUGGAAAAUGUCACUUGUCUCAUCUCCUGGACCACUGAGACUGACUGUGAACUGAAAGUGCUGGUGGUUUCUGAUGAUGUGAGUGGUCGAGAGAGCGAGAGAGAGCAGGUGCCACUUUGAUCACCACCUGCAUCCGCUGGAGCCACUCGCACUUAUUUUCACUAAUAAGUCAUCCUCUAAUUUUUAUCCCAGUCUAAACUCAUUUCUGGUUCAGACCAUAUAUAUGUGCUUAGAUUUCUGAAGGUGUCACAUCUCAAUAAGACCUGGUGCUCUCAAUUCUUGUUUAUGUGUUGAGACUUUUUUCUGAUUGGCCGAGUCCUCUGUGAAAGUUCUGGGAGGAGUCAGGAGCCUUGCAUCACACCCCUUACCGUAGGUUAGACACUCAUAUUAACACCUUGCCACAUUCCUCACUGGGGUAACACACACACACAUAUACUGUGCAAAAUGAGGAACAAGGAAUAUUUUGAUGUAGGAGUGUGUGUAUUUGCACGGACACGCACUCCCACAUGCCACACUCUUGCCCACUGCUUCAACAACCAUCAUGACUGUAAAUGCAACUAAAGCUCUCCUCAAAGAUAUCAAACUGUUGGCUUGCACUCACUGUCUGGUCAUUGUGGAUUCUAGAUUUCUUGUGCACGCAGCUGCACCGUGCAGAAAAUGUGUACGGCACAACCCAUCUCUGGAGGCUUUUCAGGCCUUGUGCUCUUUUAGUAUCACCCAGAGCUCCAAGACUGACCAGACCUUCUACUGAAGUGCUCACAGACUGGACUGCCACACUGAAGCCAUGCAGAACACUGAAGCUCUACUCAAGCUUCUCUGCUGUGUAGGUAUUAUGCAUCAAUUUACAAUAGUAAUGGGUGACCCUACAAACGUUGUCCACGCCUGUCAAGAUCACCAAUCACAUUGCGUCCAAGACUCAAUGAAACAGGAAGAUGAUCUGCUGGGAAAUCCGGAUGAUGCAGAUGUUGUCCAAUCUCUCUCCACCUCAGCAGCCGUGACGCAAACAGAGGAUCAAGAUAUAACUCUGAAGACUGACACAGCAAACAACAAUUAUCAGUGCUUACAUAUGAUGUCACUUCCUGUGCCAGGUACACUUUCUAAUUCGCAGUCACAGAGCAGAUUAAUAGAGUCAGCUCUUCCAUCAGACCCUGAUCAAGGAAAAGAGCAAACUUUGACAAAACCACCUGAAUCGGCAUUGAGAUGUUCUUUUAAUGCCACGCGUGAAACACCAGCAGAAUGGACCAAAUCUUCUGGUUCCGCUCAGCCCACCCCAACAACUCAGUCGUUUGUCUUUCCAGAGACCACGGACAUGCUUGACCCUGAGCUUAAGUUUGAACCUGUCACGAACGUGAGAAAUACUGAUCUAAAGCCGGCUACAUUUCAUGUUUUACAAGCUAAAACGUCUUUGGAGAUGAGCACCAAUGUCAGAUCAGAGACUGCGGAGGUCAAAGAUCAACCCACAGAGCGACCAGAGCUAACAGAUUUCAAAAACAAUACAGAGUUUACCUUUGUAACUUCGAUGAAGCGUAAAGAAAUAUCUAGAACUGAACAUUCAGUGACAAAUGUCUAUCCAACUCAUGCUUUAGACACGGCCAGUGAUGUCUCACGAAAGAAAUCCGCUGAAGAUUCAAUCACAACGGCAAUAGAUUCACCUCAGAACUGGACAACCGUAACCGUGGAAACCAGCACCGGCAGCACCCUGGUCAAUAAAGUAUGGUCACGGGAAAAGAAAACAGAAAUCAGAGCGACUCGUGGACCCACGACACUAAGGCAAAAACACCCUUUAGCAAUUACUCAACAAGCGCCGUUUCAUCAACCCGAGGGUCCCAGCGUUGAACAAGAGCAAAUUAGUUCUGCACCAAGAGAGAGAGAGGAAAAGAUGAAUACAGAUGAUUCUCCACAGGUCAGUCAAGAGGAACCCAAACACAAAAGUAUUCCAGAUCCAAAAACAGCCGGAAGCGAUGAAUCAAAGUCUGAUUGUUAUUCAGGCGACACUGCUGCGUGUCCACAACGUCCAACCACUGCACCAGCCAAUCAGAUGCAAAGAAACACUAUAAUACAUCGACCAGGUUUCAGAGGUCCAAGGGGGUAUCCAGGUCCAUCAGGGUUGCCAGGUCCUUCAGGUGAAAAGGGGGACAAAGGUUAUGCAGGAGUAAUGGGCCGUACGGGUCCUACCGGGCACAGAGGACCUAUUGGACCACCUGGCAUGCCUGCUAUCAUUAUAUGGAAAACAUCAGAGGAAGAAUGGCAAGCGUUCAAGAAAAAGAAAUUCUACAAAAAUCUAGUGUCAUCAUGGCCGAGAGUAAAGGGGUUACAGGGGCCUUUGGGACCACCUGGAGAUCCUGGACCACCUGGACCAUCUGGAAUUCCAGGGAAACAGGGGAAGAAGGGAGAACCAGGGAAAAUCGGAAGAAUUGGACCUGUUGGAAUGCCAGGCCCACCUGGGAGACCAGGACGAGAGGGCACACCUGGGAAUGAUGGGGAUAUAAGCCUACCAGGACCACCCGGGGUGGAUGGUCCAAAAGGUUUUGAAGGAGAGAAGGGCAUUAAGGGGGAGAUGGGUGAGUGGGGGGACAUUGGAGAACCAGGACCACAUGGAAACAAAGGAAAGAAAGGACAGAAGGGAAACAAGGGGAAGCAAGGCCACGCCGGAGUAACAGGGUAUAUUGGGUCACCUGGACCCAGAGGUUCCCGGGGGGUCAUAGGAGCGACUGGUCCACCUGGAGAGCCGGGUGGGCUUGGGUUCACUGGAUCACCAGGACCACCAGGACGUAUGGGACCAAGAGGGUUAAAGGGAGUUCCGGGUGUUAACAGACCACCUGGGCGACUUGGUGAGAUAGGACCAAAAGGACAACCAGGCAAACCAGGAGAAGAAGGUCCAGAUGGGGUUGUUGGUGUUCGGGGACCCCCUGGAGCACAGGGCAAACCUGGGGGAGAUGGACCACCAAGCCUGAAAGGAGACCCUGGAGAUAUGGGAAUUGAGGGAGCAAUUGGAGAUCCAGGAUCACCAGGCUUUAAAGGUUCCAGUGGAAAAGCGGGAAAUCGUGGGCCUUCAGGUGAUCCAGGUCUGAAAGCAUUUCGUGGGAUGAAAGGUGAUUUAGGCCAAAAAGGAGAUCGAGGUCCUCCAGGGUUGCCGGGUAAAAAAGGUUUCAGAGGAAGAGGAGGGCAGUCUGGUGUGCAGGGAGAGAUAGGGCCCAUCGGCCCCGCUGGUUUAGCAGGACCCACAGGCUAUGAUGGACCUAUUGGAGAACCUGGGAGACAGGGACAAGAUGGACCUAAGGGAGAGAGAGGUCCUUCUGGUAUCCAAGGUGUUCCUGGACCACGAGGUGAUAAGGGUCGUAUUGGUCAAGGUGGAUUUACUGGUUUUCCAGGACCUUUGGGUGAGAUGGGAAAAUCUGGAGAACAAGGACCUGAAGGAGAGCCGGGUAUUAAGGGUAGACCAGGAGUGCCAGGAGGAACUGGAUUUAAAGGUGAAAAGGGACCGCAGGGUGUUUCUGGGAAUCGAGGGCUGGAUGGUAUCGAUGGUGCACAUGGAGCUGUUGGACCACCAGGAUCAGAUGGAGAUAAAGGAGCUCAAGGACCCAGAGGAUUACAAGGAAAGCCGGGUGCAACAGGAAUCCAAGGUCUUGUUGGGAAAAGUGGGGAAGCAGGGAGCCGAGGUCUGGCUGGCAAACUAGGAAACCCUGGGAUCAGGGGUGUUAAAGGCAAAGAGGGUUCAAAGGGGCUUCCUGGCAGUCCUGGAGAAAAGGGGACAAAAGGCCCAGAGGGACCGAAGGGAGAGCCUGGUCCACCAGGUUCUCGAGGAAUACCAGGACAGAAGGGUUACAUUGGACCCCCUGGCAUACAAGGAAACAUAGGCCAGUGGGGUGAGGCGGGUCGGCGAGGGCCAAAAGGAGACCAAGGACCCCAAGGUUCCCCUGGGCCACAUGGAGUGGCGGGUUACACAGGUAAGGAUGGACCAUCUGGUCCUCCUGGGCCUCCAGGAGACAAAGGUAACCAGGGAUCGAGAGGAGCCUUUGGUCAAAAGGGAGUUGCUGGUGUCGAUGGUGAGGAGGGCUCAGUUGGGGUAUUUGGACCGACCGGACCAGCAGGAAUUAAAGCAUUACCUGGUGAGAGUGGUAAAGCAGGAUCUCCUGGGGAUCGGGGCCCAAAGGGUUUUCAAGGAGAGAAAGGAAAUGAAGGCGCACCCGGAAUGAAGGGACCAAGAGGAAGACAAGGUUUGAGUGGUUCUCCAGGGCACAAGGGAGACCCUGGAUCACCUGGUGAGAAAGGUCAGCCAGGUGUCAGAGGUCGCUCUGGUUUGGCAGGAAGAUACGGUCCUGGGGGGAACAUUGGAGAAUUUGGAGGAAAAGGCGACAAAGGUCUACACGGACUUGAUGGUGAAGCAGGAACUAUUGGCCCUCAAGGUCCAACUGGUGCAGUUGGAUUAUCGGGUUUGCCAGGAAAUAAAGGAGUUGUUGGAGAAAGUGGACAACGUGGGUCAAAAGGGGAGCCAGGAGAUAAAGGGAGUUCAGGGGUUCCUGGGAGAACUGGACCAAUUGGAGCUUCAGGUGUAACUGGAAAGAAAGGAGAUUCUGGAGAACAAGGCAAAAUGGGACCAUUAGGUCAUCCAGGAUCUGUGGGUCCUUAUGGAGGAAAGGGAAGACCAGGAACUUCUGGACCUCCAGGUGAAAAAGGAGACAAAGGUCAACCAGGGCCAAAGGGAAAAAGUGGUUUUCCUGGAAAAAGAGGGCCUAAAGGUGUUGCAGGAAAGCCAGGACCUCAAGGACCAAAAGGGAAAGUUGGCAAUCCUGGUUUCCCUGGAAAUAAAGGACGUAGUGGAACAGAUGGACUGCUGGGAGUCGUGGGUACAGAGGGAGAUCCAGGUGACACUGGAUUUAGAGGACCUCCAGGAAGACCAGGUGAACCGGGUAGUACUGGUGUCCCAGGAAUACCAGGUUUGAAGGGGAAGCAAGGCCCAUCUGGACCAAAGGGCUCUAUGGGAUUGAAAGGUAAACCAGGACCCGCUGGGCCAGUUGGACCAAAGGGAAUUCCAGGACUUGACGGUGAAAAGGGAGAUGUUGGUCAGAAAGGACCAAAGGGCUAUACUGGUAUAAUAGGAUUGCAAGGGCCUGUUGGUCCACCAGGAGACCAAGGAAAACAAGGCGCUCCAGGGAACAAGGGCCGACCUGGGCCAGAAGGCAUACAGGGUGAAACUGGUGCACGUGGUCCUCCCGGCACUCGAGGAACUCGCGGCACAUCUGGUCCAUCUGGAAUGAAGGGUUUGAAAGGGGUUCAGGGAUUACCAGGCAGAAAAGGCGUGAAAGGUCAGAAAGGACAACCUGGGAAAUCGGGUCUUGGCCAGCAAACACCACGACAACAUACUUUACUUCCGGCUCAGAGAAGACGAUCACAAAAUAACACAGCAUUGUUAUCCAAAAAGCCUCGCUUUGAUGAGAAUGAGAAAAGGAAUGAGAAACACAGCCGUGCAGACAGCUGGUCUCUGGGUACUAAAGACAAUCCUGCGACCUCCUGCAGAGAGCUGAGUCUCAUCCACCCUCCCCUGAGCAAUGGUCAUUACCACAUUGAUCCUAACCAGGGAUGUCCAUUUGAUGCUCUCCAAGUCUACUGCAAUUUCACUGCUGGUGGUUUAACCUGCGUGUCCCCUGUCCAGUCUGAAAUUUCAGGAAUAUGGCCAUCAGAUGACAGAUCUAAGAAGUGGUUUAGUGAACUUCAAAGAGGCUUCAGGUUUGAGUACAAAGACCUCUAUAUUGUCCAACUGCAAUUUUUGGGAUUGCACAGCAACUCUGCCACACAAAGCAUCAGGCUUACAUGUCCCAAACACAACAGGACCACAGCUGAACAUGAGGGUCAAACCAAGAGGAUAUUGCACUUACGAGGAAACUUCAAUGAAGAAAUUGAUCCAUCUCACAUUAUCAUAUCGAAACAUGGCUGUGAGGUAGUAAUGCAGGUGAAGAUUGUGUGUGGUUCAGAGCCCCACAAGGGAGGCAUGAAACUUCCCAUAAGAGAGGUUUCUGUGGAUGGCGGAAAGGAAAACUGGGACGGGGAUGUAAGCUUCGUUCUAGGACCUUUAUGUUUCUUAUAGCCUUCUUCCAAAAAUAGACGGCACCUCACAGACCAAAUGUCAUGAAAGCAAUGAUAUUGUUGUGUUGUGUAUGUUAUAAUGUAAGGUACAUUAGGUUCAGCUAUACUGUAUCUCUGGUUUUAGUCAUUCUAACAUGCUUGUCAAUACAUUGAAAGUAGUGCAACAUUUAUAUGUCCAUGUCAGUUUAUUAACAGUAUUCUUGUGUGUCAGUGGGUUGUAUUUAUGAUAAUGUGUUAUACAGUGUUUUUUCAAAACCUCAUGUACAAUUGCCUUGUAGUAAUUUGUCACCUUCCUCAAUGGUGACAAAUGCAAUAAUGCAAUAAACCAUGAAUGACCAAUACUCUGUUCAAUUCUUAAUCAUUGUACAACUGUCUGAUGAAUUGUGUGUUAAAUAAAAACAUGGCCAUCAAUCAAGAUCAAACAAAGUCUUUAUCAUUUAAACGCUGCAUAAAUUUAACCCUCACUUCAUUUCAAACAUUAUAUUUCAA